CCUCCACUCCCAGCUUUAAUUCCAUUUACUAUAAACCAACUGAAAUAACACCACUCCUAAUUUUGAUUUAGUUUCUUGAACUCCUUGUCUUCUUCUUUUAUCCUUUUGGGCUCUACUGAUAAUUAAUCUCACACUAGCAUGAGGAGUAAAAUGGCUAAAUGGUCAAGUUUCUUGACCUUGUUUUUAGUAGUUUUUACCAGCUUUAAUUUCACUGUUUCAUUUGCAUCCUUAAAGGUCGGUUUCUACCAAUCAAAUUGCCCAAAUGCAGAAGCCAUUGUGAGAAAAGCAGUGAAUAGAGCUGUAUCUCGCAACCCUGGACUUGGCGCUGGUAUUAUCAGGAUGCAUUUUCAUGAUUGCUUUGUUAGGGGUUGUGACGCUUCUAUCCUUUUGGAUUCAACUCCUGGAAAUCCAGCAGAGAAAGAACAUCCAGCAAACAAUCCAAGCUUACGAGGCUACGAAGUAAUCGAUGCGGCAAAAUCAGAGCUGGAAUCUGUAUGCCCACAAACAGUAUCCUGCUCAGAUAUAAUUGCAUUUGCUGCUAGAGACAGUAGCUUCAAACUUGGAGGCAUCAGAUAUUCAGUACCAGCAGGUCGUCGCGACGGAAGAGUAUCCAUUAAAGAUGAACCAAACGAACAUCUUCCACCAUUUACCUUCAAUGCUAGACAGUUAGAAGAAAAUUUUGCAAAAAAAGGACUUUCUUUAGAUGAAAUGGUUACCCUUUCUGGUGCACAUUCUAUUGGAAGAACUCAUUGUUCUUCUUUUUCAAGCAGACUUUACUCAUUCAAUUCUACUCACACACAAGAUCCUUCAAUGGAUACUAGACUAGCCAAACAAUUGAGAAAAAGAUGUCCGCCUUCUAAUAAUGAUGGGUCUGGAAAUGAUCCAACUGUUCCACUUGAUGUUGUUACUCCAAAUAGAUUGGAUAAUAAGUACUAUGUUAAUUUGAAGAAUCAUAGGGGAUUGUUAACCUCGGAUCAGACUCUAUGGAAAAGUCCUUUAACGGCUGGAAUGGUGAGGAGUAAUGCAAUUCAUGGUGUAAAUUGGGCUCGUAAGUAUGCAGCUGCAAUGGUGAAGAUGGGAUCUAUUGAAGUUAUGACUGGUAUGCAGGGGGAGAUUAGGAACAACUGCAGGGUUGUGAAUUAGUGGGUGAUUCUUAAUUUUGAAAUCUUUUUAUCCUAAUGUGUAACAAAUCAUUUUUUAUUUUUUCAAAACUGUACCUGAAUUUUUCCAACUGUAAUUUAA